UCCGUAUUCCCGGACGAAUAGCCAUUUUGAUAUUCUGAAACCAGUAUUUUGUAAUCGCCUUAAAAUGGCGAGUGCGCUUCGAGCCGCUGGUUUUAUUAUUUAUAGACGACUUAAGGGAAACACCGAGUAUCUGCUACUUCAAACGUCAUAUGGUGAACAUCACUGGACACCGCCCAAAGGCCACGUGGAUCCUGGAGAGGACGAAUACCAGACGGCCUUGAGGGAGACUGAAGAGGAAGCGGGCCUCAAGGCCGGCCAUCUGAACGUGAACCAUGACUUUAAAAAAAUACUUAACUAUGACGUCAGGGGCAAGCCGAAGAAGGUUGUUUAUUGGUUGGCCGAGCUAAAAGAUUCGGACAUUUCCGUGACACUCUCCGACGAACAUAUUGCCUAUAAAUGGGUUCCUUUGCUGGACGCUUGUGCGCUUGCAAAAUAUGCUGACCUUCAAGAAGUUCUCAAGGACGCUGAUGCCUAUGUAAAUUCGACCUCUUCGUCAAAAUGAAUGUAUGUAAUAGAAAUAUAGUUUAUAAAAGGAAAACAAACAACAAAAACAAAAACAAAAAACAACAACAAACCCAAUCGGAUAUGAACAACAAAUGAUGUUAACAAUCGAUAUUGUUUCCAGAGAAUAAAUAUCUUAUAAUAA